CUUCCCACCUUCCUUGGAUAGAUAUAUACUUCUGGCCUACAUAUUGUGAUAAGCUUCUCAAUCUUAACCCUCUUUGUCCAUUCCAAUACAACCAAACUUAUCAGACACUCUCUCAAAAGCUUUUCCCAGUCAACUUGCUCUCUCUCUCUCUCUCUCCUCUGGGAAAGUUCUCUUGCAGUUUCUUAGCAACCAGACAAACACUAAAAAAACGGAAACCCAUCUCCCUUUUCUUCUCAAGUUCCUUUCUUAUCUAUCUGAUUCUGCACUUUGGAUUUAGAGGAGAUCUGUGCUCAGAGGUUGCCUUUUUUUGGGUUCAUUUCAUGGUUGGUCAGGUCUGACUGAGGCUCCAAUGUUUGUGGAUCUUAUAGAAAGGAAGAAAUUUUGUGAGGCAAUAUAGUUGGUUUGUUGUUCUGAGAGUGGAUUUCCCAUGGGGAUUUGCUUAAGCGCCCAAAUCAAAGCUGAGAGCCAAGGGCUGAAUUCGAAAUAUGUUAGCACGGAUGGGAAUCUGAGCAGUACAAGCAGUAAGGUGUCAUCAGUUUCUGUUCCUCCAACUCCGAGGAGUGAGGGCGAGAUAUUGCAAUCCUCCAAUUUGAAGAGCUUCUGUUUUGCUGACCUCAGAAUGGCCACAAGGAAUUUCCGGCCGGAUAGUGUCUUGGGAGAAGGCGGUUUUGGUUCGGUGUUUAAGGGGUGGAUUGAUGAGAAUUCUUUUGCUGCUACAAAGCCUGGGACAGGCAUGGUUAUUGCAGUAAAAAGGCUUAACCAGGACGGAUUUCAGGGCCACAAAGAGUGGUUGGCAGAAGUCAAUUACUUGGGGCAGCUUUAUCAUCCUCAUCUCGUGAAGUUGAUUGGUUAUUGCUUGGAAGAUGAGCACCGGCUCUUGGUGUAUGAAUUCAUGCCUAGAGGGAGCUUGGAGAAUCAUUUGUUCAGGAGGGGUUCUUAUUUUCAGCCUCUUUCUUGGUGUCUUCGUCUAAAGGUUGCUCUCGGGGCUGCAAAGGGCCUUGCUUUCCUUCACAGUGCCGAGACUAAAGUGAUAUACCGCGAUUUCAAGACGUCUAAUGUACUUCUUGAUUCGAACUAUAAUGCAAAACUUUCAGAUUUUGGGUUGGCCAAGGAUGGGCCAACGGGUGACAAAAGUCAUGUGUCCACCAGGGUAAUGGGGACUUAUGGAUAUGCAGCACCAGAAUAUCUUGCCACUGGUCACCUUACUGCAAGGAGUGAUGUCUUCAGUUUCGGAGUUGUGUUAUUAGAAAUGUUAUCUGGCAGGAGAGCAGUUGACAAGAACCGGCCAUCGGGAGAGCACAAUUUGGUGGAGUGGGCUAAAUCAUAUAUGGCAAAUAAACGCAAGAUCUUCCGGAUUUUAGACAACCGCCUUGAAGGCCAGUAUUCGAUGGAUGUCGCCUAUAAGGCAGCUACACUUGCUCUCCGCUGUCUAUCGACGGAGCCGAAGUUCAGGCCAAACAUGGAAGAGGUCGUAACAGUCUUGGAGCAGCUCCAGGAUUCCAACGAACCUAACAACCGCAGAAAUUCAGGCAAUGCCCCCAGGCCAAGGACUCGCAGACGAAGUGCUGAUGAGGCUCUCACUAGGAGGAGCGUGGGUUCUUAUCCUCGGCCGUCUGCUUCCCCACUUUAUGUUUAGAAAUGAAAAUCUUAAGAAUUUGACAAGAUCCUGCCUUUUUCCUUUCUCAAGUGAAAGAAAAAACAAGAGACGAAAGUUAAAAAGAAGCUGGUUUGCAAAAACAUCUCAUGAACUCCCACAUACACACCUAUAUUUUGUUUUGUGACUGUACAGUUUCUCAUAUCUCGGCUAAUGCAAUCAAAUAUCAACCUCCUGUGGACAAUUUCCGGUAAAGUUGUAAGUUGUAACAUAAGCAAUGCUCACAAUGUUGUACCUUUUGUUUUUUUUUUUUGGGGGGAUUUUUGCCAAAUUGUUUGUAGUAACUGGAAGCAGCUUGGAACAUUUAACUUGCAAUUGUUUUGUGUCUUCA